AUUCGCUCUGUCUCUACUCUUACUACAGUUACUGGACACGAUAAAGGAGAUUGUUUCUGUUUGUAAAGUUCGUGGUCUCGCUGGCCGUUUUCAUUAAUUUCUGAUAGCGAGAUUUCGUAUGUGGAAUAUAGGCUAUUCGACAUGAUUUGUGCUCUGUAGCGUUUGGAAAACUCCGACAGCGCGCGGAGACAAAAUACUCCAGUCAGUGGUCUCCUUAGCAUGGACAAGAGUCUUCUGCCUGGACCAAAAGACAUUGUGAUGGCAACCCCACCAAGUUCAUUUCAGCAGGAGCCCCUCACACCUCCAAGAUCCUCACUUAAGCCCAACCAAGUUGGGCAGGUCAUCCUCUACGGGGUACCAAUUGUUUCACUUGUAAUUGACAAUCAAGAACGGCUAUGCCUGGCUCAGAUAUCCAACACCCUGUUAAAGAACUACAGCUACAAUGAGAUCCACAACCGUCGAGUAGCUCUGGGCAUCACCUGUGUGCAGUGCACUCCAGUCCAGCUUGAGAUCCUUCGGCGGGCGGGCGCCAUGCCCAUUUCAUCCCGGCGCUGUGGCAUGAUAACCAAACGGGAAGCGGAACGGCUUUGCAAGUCUUUCCUGGGUGAGAACUCUCCACCCAAACUGCCAGACAACUUUGCGUUUGAAGUGAUGCAUGAAUGUGCUUGGGGCUGCCGGGGAAGUUUCAUCCCAGCACGUUACAACAGCUCCAGGGCUAAAUGCAUCAAGUGCUCCUACUGCAAUAUGUACUUCUCCCCGAACAAAUUCAUCUUCCACUCACACCGCACACCCGAGGCCAAGUACACACAGCCAGAUGCCGCCAACUUCAACUCCUGGCGUCGGCACCUUAAACUUGCAGAAAAAACACCACCCGAUGACCUGAUGUUUGCCUGGGAGGAUGUAAAAGCCAUGUUCAAUGGAGGAAGUCGUAAGAGAGCACUUCCUUCCUCUCAAAGUGUGUCAACUUUUCUCGUUUUGCCUGUUUAAAUACAACACUGACAUAAACACGAGUUUAAAAAAAAAAAAAAAAAA